AUGGCCGCGGGGCCCGCCGGCAGCCGCCGCCGCCGCCUCCUCCUCCUCCUGCUGGUGCUGCUCUCGCUGCUCUGCCUGCGCGGCCGCGGGCAGGGCUUCGGGCAGACGCGCUUCAUCUGCACCUCGGUGCCGCUGGACGGGGACAUGUGCGCUGCCUCCGCGCCGGGCACCGGCUCGGCCGAGGAGCUGAAGAGCACGGUGCUGCAGCUGCGGGAGACGGUGCUGCAGCAGAAGGAGACCAUCAUGAACCAGAAGGAGACCAUCCGUGAGCUGACGGCCAAGCUGGGCCGGUGCGAGAGCCAGAGCGUGCUAGAGGCGCUGCCCGGCGAGCCCAAGGGCGGCGGGGCCGGCAGGAAGGCCGGCUUCUCCAAGAACACCAUGGGGGACCUGUCGCGGGCACCCGCGGCCGAGACCCUCAGCCAGCUCGGACAGACGCUGCAGUCCCUGAAGACCAGGCUGGAGAACCUCGAGCAGUUCAGCAGGAUGAACUCCUCCAGCCAGACCAACAACCUGAAGGACAUCCUGCAGAACAAAAUCGACGACCUGGAGAAGCAGGUGCUGUCCCGGGUGAACAGCCUGGAGGAGGGCAAGUUCAACCCGAAGAACGAGUCCGAGGAGCGCGGCAAGAUCGAGAGCACCCUCACGUCGCUGCACCAGCGCAUCAGCGACCUGGAGAAAGGCCAGAAGGACAACCGGCCCCCGGACAGGUUCCAGCUCACCUUCCCGCUGCGCACCAACUACAUGUACGCCAAGGUGAAGAAGAGCCUGCCCGAGAUGUACGCCUUCAGCGUCUGCAUGUGGAUGAAGUCCAACGCCUCCCCCGGCAUGGGCACCCCCUUUUCCUACGCUGUGCCCGGGCAGGCUAACGAGCUGGUGCUCAUUGAGUGGGGCAACAACCCCAUGGAGAUCCUCAUCAAUGACAAGGUGGCCAAACUGCCCUUUGUCAUCAACGACGGCAAGUGGCACCACAUCUGCGUCACCUGGACCACGCGGGACGGCGUGUGGGAAGCCUACCAGGACGGCACGCAGACCGGCAGCGGCGAGAACCUGGCCCCCUACCACCCCAUCAAGCCCCAGGGGGUCCUGGUCCUGGGCCAGGAGCAGGACACGCUGGGCGGCGGGUUCGACGCCACGCAGGCCUUCGUGGGGGAGCUGGCCCACUUCAACGUGUGGGACAGGAAGCUGAGCCCCGGGGAGGUGUACAGCCUGGCCACCUGCAGCACCAAGGCGCUCUCGGGCAACGUCAUCGCCUGGGCCGAGGCCAACAUCGACAUCUACGGCGGGGCCACCAAGUGGACUUUCGAGGCCUGUCGCCAGCUCAACUAGGGCCACGGACAAGGGAGAGAAACCUCCUCAUCGGAUUGCAGAAAUCACCCCCAGCCCCCCCCACUGGCCCCCCCGAGGGCUGCCCUGGGUGGCAGUGGAGGAUGAGGCAGAGAAUUCACACAGGGCUCCAGAGCCUCCCCGACCAACUCCAAAGAUGUGGCAAAGAACGAGGCGUGGAGGGGCCCGUACGGAGCCGGGCAAGGCCAGGGCCGCCCCUGGCCGGGAGCACAGAGCUGGCCCGGCCACCGCCGCUUCGGGGAACCAGCGCCCAGCCGACGAGCAGCGCACGCAGCGACGCACCCCCCCCCCAGAUCGAGAUACCUUCAUACGAACUGCGGCUCAGGGCAGCGUAUUUUAAACUGUGCUCUUUUUAAAAAAAAACAAAACAAAAAAACAAAAACCAAACCACAAACCCAAAAACCAUCGUGAGUUAAUUUAAGUUCCUCCUAAGAACCUGUUCGCAUCAGCAAAGCGACAAGCACAACCUGCUGAGAAGAACAAGACCACUGAAAAGGUUUAACCUACAGUCCCAGGUGCGUCGGAUUUGCCAAAAAAGAAAAAAAGGGUGUGAUGUCAACACAAUGUAUAUAGUGUAUAGUAGGGGAGAGAAUAAAUGUAUCCUAAUUUGUCAUUAUUUUGCUAACCAAAGCUGUACAUUUUUCCUAUUACUUGCUCUCUGUCUCCUUUGGGUUUUGAAUGGGUUAUGAUAUACUACGCAUCCAGUCCGCAUCAGCAGUUCUGAAAAUGCACUGUUUCUACUGAUACUCAUGCUUUUUCCAUUUUAUUGCCGAGAUUACAUGAAUUGUUGACUUUAUUUUUACACAAUAAAGAGUGAA